UUGACGGCGGCCCUGAUGGCGGCAGUGGUGGCGGCGGCUCCUGAGGCCCAGUACGGUUAUCAGGCCCCUAAGUGCCAGCCUGAGAUCCAGUACGUGACCCGCACAGAGACCGUGCCCGAGUACGUAACCACAACCCACUACCAGACGCACACGCAGUACCAGACGCAGUACCAGCCACGCUACGUCACCCAAACGCAGCAGGUGCCACACUACGUCACCCGAACGCAGACGGUGCCCGAGUACAUCACCCAGACGGUGCCUCAGUACGUCACCAGGACGCAGUACCAGACGCAGCACGUCACCGUCACCAAGCCAUGCCCGAGCUCAGGAGGCUACGGUGGAUUUAAGGAGUGGUUUUAUAAUUUAAUAAACACUCUUUAA